AUGUCGAAGGCAGUCGCCGGUCAUGAUAUCUCCGCUAGGGAUGUUGCGCAUGUGUCUGAAAUCACCCGGUUAGUCCAAGAAGACAAGACACCAUGGUACAAGAAGAAGAAUCUUCGACGUCUUUAUCUGUGUCUUGUCCCCGCGGCUUUGGGAGUUGAGUCCACUAGUGGCUUCGACGGGAGCGUGCUCAAUGGACUUCAGGCUGUCCAGCCCUGGGAAGAUUACUUCAACAAUCCGAGCGGCGCCCUCCUAGGUGUGAUUACUGCAGCCUUCUCCAUUGGAGCCGUGUGUGCGGUGCCGCUCGUUCCCUAUGUUAAUGACCGUUUCGGCCGCAAGGCCUGCAUCGUGGUUGGAAGUGUGGUUAUAACAAUUGGUGCUAUCCUGCAGGCUGCAGCGGUUGACAUCGCGAUGUUCUUGGUGGCCAGAAUUAUCCUUGGGAUGGGAAUUGUAUACGCAAUUAGCGGAGCAUCCCAACUCAUUGCCGAGUUGACAUACCCCAAAGAACGGUCUGUCAUUACUGGCCUUUUCAACGAAAGCUGGUAUGCUGGAGCGAUCUUGGCCGCGGGCAUUACCUUGGGAACGUUCUCCUGGGAGAGUAACUGGAGCUGGCGAUUGCCGUCGCUGCUGCAGCUCUUGCCUUCGACGUUGCAAUUAAUUUUUAUCUGGUUUGUCCCAGAGUCCCCACGUUUCCUGAUUUCAAAGGACCGCCAUGAAGAAGCUCUAGAAAUUCUGAUCAAGUACCAUGCGGAAGGCGAUCGUUCAAGUCCAUUGGUCGCAGCAGAAUUCCAUCAGAUCCGGGAAACUAUCCGCUUGGAAAUCGAGAACACCAAGAGACCAUGGAAAGAGCUCGUGACAUCUGGCGUCAAUCGUCGGCGAGUGUUUAUUGCGGCGUGCGUCGGCUUGUUCUCGCAGUGGUCAGGCAACGGCCUCGUCAGCUACUACCUGAGUAAAGUCCUAGCCACUGUUGGGAUCACCAAAAAAAGGACACAGAAUGAGAUCAAUCUCGGUCUCUCCUGUUGGAACUUGGUGACUGGGGUCACGGGGGCUCUGCUGGCUCACAUUCUUCCGCGGAGACGGCAGUACUUGAUUUCGUACUGUGGCAUGACACUGCUCUUUGCUUGCUGGACUGCGGCUUCUGCGGUGUACGCACAAGACCACUCGAACCAUUCAGCUGCGACCGCUGUGGUUGCAUUGAUCUUCAUCUAUUACGGCUUUUACAACCUCAUGAUGCCACUCACCUACAUCUUCAUCUGCGAGGUGUUCCCGUUUAUCCAUCGGAGCAAGGGUGUGGCCAUUACGCAGUUCUUCUCUCGCGGGGGCAGCUCUUUCAACCAGUUUGUCAACCCAAUUGGGCUUCAGGAUAUCACAUGGAAAUAUUAUAUCGUGUACGUGGCGUGGCUUGCGGUGGAAACGACCGUCAUUUUCUUCGUCUAUCCGGAAACGCGUGGGCCGUCGCUCGAAGAAGUUGCCGUGAUCAUGGAAGGUGACAAGGCCAAAGUCGAGGUUAUUGAGGUUGGAGCGUCAGGGAAGGGGGGAGUAGGCGUCCAGGAGGUCGAGAAAGCCUGA